AUGAAUCUCAAGGAAACCUGGGCCAACAGGACAUAUCGCCCGUUCCUCCGCCAGUGGCCCAAGCCCGCCCGCAAGGGGACGGCGUGGCUGAUGGUCUUUGAGCUAAUGGGCCUCAUUCCCAUCCUCGUCAUUUUCGGCAUCGCGCAGCCCAACCUCUACCGCACCGACCUGUGGAAGAUUGGCUACGAGAACAAGCUCAACUCGAACCCCAACAUGAUCCUCUACGCAUACGCCAACCACAAACCUCUGCCGCAGGUUCCCCUGGUGUGGUCAAGAACACUGACCGACUUUAACGUGGCCAUCUCGGUCAUCUCCCUCUUCCUGCUGCUCGUCAAGCUCAUCACCUUUAUCAUGAAGGGCUGGCUGCCCCUGAUCGCCCUAGUCAUCAACAUUGCCAUGACGGCGCUCUACACCGUCAGCGUCUAUGGCCAGAUUGGCCCCGACUACGCGGACCCCCGGUACCCGGCGCCCGCGGCGUGGUACUUUCGCUACGGCUGCGACAUGGCCAAGGAGUGGGGUGUCUACAAGUCAUGCCAGAUCGCGCAGAGCUCCUUGGGCAUCACCUUUUACAUGCUCAUGAUCUACCUGCUCAACCUGGGCUUUGCUGCCUGGGCCAUGUGGCCCAACAAGGAGCUCAACGACGGGGACGACGACGACGACAACGACUCCUUGUACGGGUAUGACGCCAAGCCCGUCGAGAUGCAGAACAUGAAGAAUGAACCCCUGGUGUCGGCAACACCCUUCACACCGAGGACGCAAGCUUUCCAUACCCUGAACAGGCAGUUGCCCUUGCGAGCGCAACGAGCGCCGUGA